AUGGAAGGGAUAUGCUUACCUAGUGAAGUAGGUUGGCAUCUAAGCGUUCUGUCACACAGGUUCCAAAUUGAAUGCCCGCCAGAAGGCUGCUCAAGUUGCUUGGAAGAGGAUAUUCCAGUUGCAUUUGCUACGAGCCAUGACUGGUGUAGGAAACACCAAAUCAUCGAUCUCUGGAAAGAAGGAAUUGAGCCAUCGUUUCUCGAUGAAUUUCGUCCUCCAAUUACGGUUUCUGAACGCUAUAAUUGUCGCCAUGAUUGCGCUUCCACAUACACCCUGUACGUCGAGCUUAUGCGGGAUGACCGCAGAGAUUUCACAAACAUCGAAGAGCUACAAAAUGUGAGGCGAGAAAUUUUCAAUUUUUCACGCGAUUCUUUUGCAUUUCAGCCGUCGUUUCUCGAUGAAUUUCGUCCUCCAAUUACGGUUUCCGAACGCUAUAAUUGCCGCCAUGAUUGCGCUUCCACAUACACCCUGUACGUCGAGCUUAUGCGGGAUGACCACAGAGAUUUCACAAACAUUGAAGAGCUACAAAAUGUGAGGCGAGAAAUUUUCAAUGUAGGCGUGGAUUUUGGCGGAAAUCAUUUAGGCUCUGAUGCGACGACUCCUUCCUCGAUAACUCGGAUUCGCCGAAUGCAGAGUUCCACCGAUGCCCUGUGGCAGAAGAUCGAGCACACAUUUGAAAAUUAUCCGAAAGGCACUCGCUAUGUUGUUUUUGAGGACGCAGGCUGCGAUGAUCAAUUUUGGGCUGGUCAUUAUGGCUCAAAAAUGGCAAAAGCUACAAUUAUUAAGGUCGAGCACACAUUUGAAAAUUAUCCUAAAGGCACUCGCUAUGUAAUUUUUGAGGACGCAGGCUGCGAUGAUCAAUUUUGGGCCGGUCAUUAUGGCUCAAAAAUGGCAAAAGCUACAAUUAUUGUAAAUUACGGAAGCGGGCAAAGGCGAAGAUCCUCUCGAAGGCGUUCGUCGGGUUAA